GACCGUGUUACGCAGCAUUUUGCCACUUUCAGAGAUUAGUGCUCAUGGGUUUUCUGUGCUGCGCAGCAGUUAAAUAAAAUUGAAUACACCGAAAACUGCAGAUAUAAAUCGGAGUUGAAAACCAGUGCAAGUUGCAUUGGCCCACAAAUCAAAGCCGCAGUUUCGUGGGGCGUGCAAUGUUCAGGUUCCACCGCAAGAUGGGUCCUCAACGCAACCAGCUUCACAGCAACAACAACAAUGGUGCCGCCGGAAGUAGCAGCAGCACCGGAAAUCGUCACCUAAAGGAGUUCACCUGCUGCUUCGGCCUGCAUGUCCACACGGCCACCUUGAUGAUCGGAUUGUGGCACCUGUUCUUAAACAUCUUGGCCCUUAGCGUUCUAGCGGUCAUUUGGCGCAAUCCGGAGAUGAUGGACGAACUGGAAGGCGGCACCCACGACUACACCGUGGAUCUGAGUGCACCAGCCCUACCCACGCCACUGAGCAAGGUCGAACCGCCCUACGCCUACCGUGACCACUCCCUCAACUAUCGUAAGCGUUACCAGAAUUUCGACAUGGGCGGAUUGGUUUGCACCUGCAUGAUAGCUAUCACCCUGAUGAUGAUUUAUGGAACCAUCAAGGGAAAACCAUCCCAUCUGUUACCAUUCUUCUGUCUGCAGUUGUUUGAUUUUGCCAUUACAACUCUUACCGCCGCUGGAUAUCUGUGCUACCUGCAGGCCAUUCACAGUAUCAUUGCUGAGUCUCAUCGCUUGCCCUGGCGCGAGAAGCUGCUGGAACUGCCGCCUGAGGAGCUAGUUGUUGUUGUCCUGGUCGUAUUCAUCUGGAUUGUGUUUCUGAAGGCUUAUUGCAUUGGAAUCGUUUGGCGCUGCUACAAGUACUUGACGCUCCGACAGCAACACGUUCGCACUCUCUUCCCCUUCCUGGAGGCACCGACUGGAGUCCACAGUGUUGGUGGAACUUUUGGUGCCGAAGAGCGGUCUUACUCCACUCUGCUGCCCAACUACGAUGAAGCGAUUGCACAGUACUUGAAGCAGGCACCACCGCCAUCCUAUCAGGUGGCCAUGUCAAACUACGAAGAGGGAGAAGACGCAGCUGCUGGAGGGGCGGAGGUAAAUCCCUCGGUGGCACCUCUCUUCGUGACCCUUGGAGCAGCCACUACCGCGAACGUAGCCUCCAACACGGAUGACAACAUGGAUAAUAACAAUGAUCAGCCGAACAAUAACAACACUAUGCAUGUCAAUGCUAAUACGCCGCCAAUGCGUCGAAGCGAUGCAGCUGUAAACGCAAAUGUCGAAGAGGAAGUUGACGAUUUGGAGGUUAUUGACGCUGGCGUUGAUAUAAUCGGUGGCAUUCCGCCUCCUCCGCCCUACAACGACGUUGCCGAUGCCCAGGUGCAAGUGCCAUCGCAGUCCCCGCUGCAUCGCCAGCCAAACAUUCCGGGACAAGUAUUCGGCGGACGCGACGAGAGCCAGGCUUAAGCUGUACUUUUGAUUAGUUUGCUUCUCAUGGCGAGUGGGUUGUGAUCAUCGGUGACCACCCCUCUCCCAUCCUCUUCUUGCCCAGAUGAUCUGGUUUCUGGUCCCUCAUCUCACAGCUAUCAUUCCUAGGCACACAUACACGGUCUUAUGGAUUGCUUCAAUGUAUUUAACAGUGUAGAAAAAAGAGCGCAAACAAAUUUUCGCUAUUAGCCAUCGCUCAUUAUUGUUGUUUAACGUACAACUAAGACGCUCUAGUUGCUGCUAAUUUAGUAAGCAAAAGCAUUAAAGCCAAAAACAUAUUGUGAUGCUGGCGAGAAACGAAUCAAUUCCUUUUCGGCCGCAUCUGACUUGAUCUUAGCUGCAACAAUCUGUUUUUCAUUUGGCCCGAAUCAACCUGAGAAGUUCGGAUAGUGUAGGCCCGAGUAGUUGUUACCAGAGAGUGUCGCUGGCAAUGUAGACACAUUUACGAUGUUCUUUGUUUUAAGCUAUCUCGUAAGACUAUGCAUAUUGAAUACGGUGUACUGAAUUCACAGCACAGGCAGACAUAAUCCAUUAAUUAUGAUGAUAUUACCAGCAACAGUAAAGUUUUAUGUGUGUACAAUAUCUAAAUGUAUACUGUGUACUAAUUAUGCAGAGAUAUUCGAAUAAAAAUUAGUUUAUAUUUAA